UAUAACCCACAUCUUCACUGAGACGAUCCCACAGGUACUGCGUGUAUAAAGGCAUCUGGAGAACUAUGGAGAACGUGGAAAGGAACAUAACGGGCUCCACGGUCACGGAAAAUGGACAUGAACACGGCGGAGGAGCAGUCAGUCAGUCAGUCACUAUAAAAGCAGAGUGGGGACUCAGAGAGAGAUUUCUGCAGCCGGUUUGCAGGUAUCUGUGUGGACUCUGACUGUCUUAGAUUUACAACCUGGGCCUGGAAGCACCACACACAGUGAGGCAGGUUGUAGGGACGAUGUCCUCUGCGUCCCAGGGCCUGUCUUUUCCACCCGUAAGCAGCAGCAGCAGCUCACCAAUUCCUUCUCCUUGUGAACUACAAUCCUUUGACCCUCUUGGGUCGCCCUGCUUUCAGAUGCCAGAGUCACAGUGUCACCAGAGCAGUGUUGGAGAGGGGUUUACACUGUACUCCCAAAGAGAAAGUGUUCCCUACAGGCAGAAGAGUGCUAUUGCAGAGCGCUUUCGUAGACACAGUAUAGACGGAAGCCCUGUUGAACAAGAAUCUGGCCUGACUGAGAACAAUCACUACCAUCCGUACAGGCGUCAAUGCAGUGAAGGGGCCAUCAGUGAGGUUCAAACCUUCAGUUGUCUCAGAAGAGCUGGACUGGCUGGGAAACUCACUACGGCCAAUGGAUUGGAGGAACAAUCCUCAUGGAGUCCAUUAAGCACUAAUGUGGAGACGACUAGCAUCAUGGGAACUCAAAACCCCUACAAUGAGCCUCAGACGAGCUCUGAAGAUCCUCCCAGCUACACAUCAGUUAACCAUCAGACGUACAGUGCCAUCAGUCCUCUACAACAUCAGUUUUACUCUUCAAGAGGAAUAGACACGGUUUCUCACUACUAUAGCCAAAGCCUCUCAUCACAAACAUCUCAAGACAAUUCUGCCCAGACACUCUACCCUAAACCUGUCUACUCUUACAGUAUUCUCAUCUUCCUGGCUCUGAGGAAUAGCAAAACAGGCAGUCUGCCUGUAAGUGAGAUCUACAGCUUCAUGACAGAUCAUUUCCCCUAUUUCAAGACAGCACCUGAUGGCUGGAAGAAUUCUGUCCGACACAACCUCUCUUUGAACAAGUGCUUUGAGAAAGUAGAGAACAAGAAUGGGAACUCCUCUCGAAAGGGCUGUCUGUGGGCCCUGAACCCAGCGAAGGUAGAGAAGAUGCAGGAGGAACUUCACAAGUGGAGACGUAAAGACCCGCUGACUGUACGGAGGAGCAUGGCCCGACCAGAGGAGCUGGAACGUCUGCUUGGGGAGAGGCCUGAAAAAUUGAAGACUCUUGGAGCUCCCUUCAGUCUACCAAGCAGUCAUUCACAUUCUCAUUCCUUAAGAGCUGCCAUGCAUCCUGCCUACGGACACCAACCUGUCCAUGAGACUAGUGUCCUGCAUCAGAAGUCUCUCUACAGCCCUUUACCCUCUCAAACUGUCGUCCCGCCUCCCCCCUACUUAUCGCCAGACCCUUCAGCUUUCCCGUACUACUCUCCUGUCACCCAUCAGCCCUGUGCUGGGCACCCCUCCAGUCCCAGGACAGGCAGCUUGGAUUCACCUUUACCAGCACACACCCCACCAAGCUACAGCACCGUCCUGCAGGCUGGUCACAGUGCUACAGCAAGCAUGCAGGAGCUUCUGCUGGACGGAGAAAACAGUAAUGAUGUCGAUGCAUUAAAUCCCAGCCUCACAGAUCUACAAUUACAUGGGAAUCUUUGGGAGGAGCUGAGGAAUGACAGCCUCGCUCCGGAUUCACUGGUAGUUAUGGACACAACCCCGUCACUACUCCAGCUCAGUCCCAAUCAAGCACAGGAUGGCGUGGGGGUCUGUGGGGGUCUAUUGGAGACUGAAGGUGGGGUGCAAGGCAGUGUUUCUGGGCUGUAUCUCAGCGGGCUCUGCACAACCGCAUUCACCAGUGCAGACAACAUGUCAGGUCUACUUUCUUCCUCAGGAAACACUCCUAUUCCUCUUCUAUGAGAAAGUAACCUCUGUGUAGCAUCCCAUCAAGCCAUCUCUAUUUUUCCAAAGUAGAAAAGUUUAUAUUUUUGAAUGUCUAAAUUGUGUGACUUCUAUGCUGAAUGGUGCACUUGAGUUUUGACAUUAGCUUUAAUGUUUUUAAUGCAUAAAUGUCCAAUCCCACUAUCAACGUUUUUGACUUCAAGGCCCUAUUGUCCACAACAAUAUUCAAAGACCCCAUGAUUUUUCGACUCAUUUAUGAUUUAUUGGAUAAGGAUUAAGGAAAAAAAAAAAAAUGUGUACAGAAUUUCUUCCUGAAAAAAAUCAUAACUACUGAAUAUGAAUAUAAAAAUGAAUAUUUAUAUUAAUGUAUAUAACUGCCCAUGCAAUUGUAAGAUUUUAUUAAUUCACAUGACCACAAAGUUCUGUAGUUCAAAAUCACUUUAAUGUCUUUAAGUUUGCUGAAAUUCAACAAUAUAAUAAUAUUGUUUGCUUUUGUGCAGGUGUUUUGUUUGUUUUUUAAAUCUAUAAAAGUGUUUGACUUGGUAAGAUUUUAAUGAGACGUUGUGGAUUUGCUGUAGUCAGUAUUGAUUAUUGUUUGCAUUUGUCAUAGCAACCACUAGGGGGUGUGUUGCCUCUUUUUUAUACUGUCUUUCUACAGUAAUACACAUUAAAGGCACUAUAGCAAGUUAAAACAGA